CCCAGUAUACCGACAGAAAAACGAAAUCCUUUCUCUCGUGACCCCUGGCGACUCGCUGACACAAAAGGGACUCGGGCGGAGGGGCGCAAACGUAUUCUAAUAUCCUCAAUCUCAUUCGCUGCCAGUUCCCAAUGAUCGCUGCAGUUACACCUUAUCCCCGCAUGCGUGCACACAAACUUUGCCACAAUCUCCACUCAUCUCGACACCGCUCGCUAUUGUAGGAUCGCUUCGUUCGAGUCAUGGGGCCAACUACAAAUGCUCCUAUUCUGUCCACGCGUUGCACUGCAUAAGCUGUCCUAUUAUCGUCUUGGUAUCGAGGACUGUAGCCCGGGUUUCAUCUCCGCCCACAUGAGCAUGCAUAACCGCGUGCACAGUGGAUUGUUCCCCCAAAAUUCCUGUGGCAGGUCAGUCAUGUGCACACCUUGAUCAAAAUGAGGGUCGAGUGAAAAUUACCUUGGAAGAAGCUUCGCACACAGGUCGCAAAGGUUCAUUGCCAGAAAUCAAGCAGCUCCGUUCACCUAGACCAAUUUAGCAAAAGUUGAUCGAUGGAUCAACCCGCUUCCCCAAAGGUACGGUUAUGUAGUGCAGUUAUAGCACCGCAUGAGAGAAAUCACUGAAGCUGAUGGUUUAGACGUUGCCACGAAAUAUUACUAGGUGGCUUGCAUCUGAUUUCGGAAACCCCUUUUUCCGGAAUCCCCCUCGCUCUUCCUGUUGAGUUUAGACGUUCAACGGCCCAGAUUUGGAAACCCUUUUAGCGAGCUUGCAAAACCGGCAUUGGUACAUAACUAGGUCAAACGAUCGAGUCACAUCCCUGAAUAGGGGACGUUGAGGUAGGGAACGAGUUGUUCAC